GGAUUCCGCUUGACGUGAUGCAUUCGGUGCACACGACGAUGCUCUACAAUUUAGAAGCACUUCAAGAGGUGGUGCAGUGGGAGAGAAUCCUUAAGCUGCAGUCACGAGACGGGAGCUUCCUGAGCUCUCCGGCGUCCACAGCUGUAGCCUACAUGAAGACCGGCGACAAGAAGUGCUUAGAGUUCUUAACAUUCGUCGUGAACAGAUUCGGAGACAAUGCACCGUGCCAAUACCCAAUCGAUCUUCUAGAGCGCAUCUGGGCAAUCGACACAAUUCAGAGAUUAGGGAUCGACCACCAUUUUCGGAAGGAAAUAUACGACACUCUCGACUAUGUAUAUAGGAAUGCCGGCAAACAAGGAGUUUCUUGGGGCAGAGACAAUCCUGUCCCUGACAUCGAUGAUACUUGCAUGGCUCUCCGCCUAAUGCGGUUGCAAGGAUUUCCUGUGUCCUCAGAUGUCCUGGAGUACUUCAAAGACGAUGACGGCACCUUGAUAUGCUUUCCAGGACAAACUCAUCGAGGAGUCUCCGACAUGUUCAACUUAUACAGGUACUCCCAGGUUGCCUUCCCGGGGGAGAAGAUACUGAAAGAAGCCAAAGCUUUUGCCGAAGAGUACUUAAAGAACUGCGUCGAAAACAACGAAGUUAACGACAAGUGGUCCUUAAAGAAGGCCUUGGACAAAGAGGUCGAUCAUGCCCUAAAAGUACCGUGGAGGAUGAGUUUUGAGAGGCUCGAAGCACGGGAGUACAUCGACCAAUACGGCGAACUAGAUGUCUGGAUUGCCAAGACCAUCUACUGGAUGUAUAAUGUCAAUGAUCCGAAGUACAUGGAACUCGCCAAGCUAGACUACAACAAGCUCCAAACACUGUACAAAGCGGAGAUCGACUCCAUUCUAAAAUGGUGGAAUAGUUGCAGCUUUGAUGACCCUCUUGUCGGCAAUGCAUGCCCUAGAGAGACCCACUUUGCUAUUGCCGCGACUCUUUACGAACCGGAAUUCUCGCAUUCUCGCGUAGCCUACACUAAAUGCAACUGCAUCGAGAAUACUCUCAGAGAUCUGUUUGAAUCCCACGAAUCUGUCGAAGAACUGAAAGUCAUGUGUCUAGCGGUAGAAAAAUGGGAUCCUUCGAUGGUUCGCUCUCUCCCUUCCAUCGUAAAGGCGACAUUCAUGGGAAUGUACGAUACCACGAAUGAACUAUCAGCCCAAAUAAGCAAUGCACAACGAAAGGAGAUGUUCCCAUACUUGCAUGAUUUGAGAGUGAAGCAGAUCAAGCAUUACAUGAAGAAAAGAGAGACAAGCGGCGAGCCAUAUAUCGGCUCCUUAGAGGAAUACAUUGAUCAAAACAUAGCCGAUCUCGGCGUGGCCAUCAGAGUUCUCCCUGCCAUGUUCCUAAUAGGAGAGUGCGUCCAAUAUUACGCUCUCCGAUGCUUGGAUGAGAAAUCGACGAUCCAAGAUCACUUAUCUUCGUACCUGACCAUUUUUGUCGAUCUCCAAACUCACAAGGUUAACCAAGGCGAGGGAAGAAGCGACGCGGUCACCAUCUACAUGGAGGAAGAGGAUUGUUCCAAGGAGGAGGCUCUACGCAGUCUAAAUGCCAUAAUGGAGAACACAUUUGACGAAUUGGUGCACGAUUAUCUAAAGCCGAGCCUAGUCCCUCGCGGGUGCCGAAGGUUAAUGUUCGAGCACGCGAGAAUCGUUCAAUACUUGCACAGCGACGAAUACAAGGCGAUCGACAGCGACAUGGAACGCAUGUUUACUCCAGUGCAAUGAAGAGAAGUAGCAUGAGGGGGCAAACACCAUGUACACAAGAGUGUGAGUGCAUGAGAAAGUGCAAAGAUCAUAAUAUAUAUAUAGACGAAUUCGGACAUAUUAAGAGGAUGUAUUUGAAUGAAGUGAUUGAUAUUAGAUCGUUUUUCUUCGACGAAAAGAGCGUGUUUGGUUCGACGAAAGCGUCUUUCCCUGGUGUUCGGGUUACUGAAAAUCAAAGGACGAGAACUCGAAGUUCCGCGACUUCCUCUG